CCCGCCGCUAUGAGUCGCCUGUCACUUGCUGCAUAUCACGACCUUUGAUUUCACAUCUUCAUCGGCUACGCCCACCAUCGAGAGGUCAGCGGAAGCCAGCAAGCAACCGCAACAGCAGCAACAGCAGCAGCAGCGACUUUGGGUGGACAACUGGUGGACGCUCUGCAGAAAGUUCUGAAAGUCCCACUAGCUGGGGUCUUCAUCGUUUGGAUUGCAUCUGGGAUUGCAAAUAAAAGACGGUUGGUGGACACUCAAAGGUCACUGGAUCAUCGGAAAAUCUCGUUGCGGGGGCCGAUUCGAGAUUUGGCAAGAAGGUGCAGGCAGGCGUACUCGACUGACAGUCGUCAUGGCCGAGCUAGCUUACUUCACACUCUUGGUCUUAGCAUUUUCAGCAGGGUACACUCAAAGCCAGGAAGUCACGUCCUCCUGCCCUAGCAGCUGGGUGCAAUUUUCCACCUAUUGUUACCUGUUUGUCAACUACUCAACGGCUACGUGGGACGACGCGCAGACAGAGUGCAUGAGCCAGAGAGGAGACCUGCUGCGAGUGGAGACCAUGGACGAAUAUAACUUCAUAAAGAAGAGCUUGCCAUUUUACCCAAGUUCAACUUACUCCUUCUGGACGGCUCUGAACGAUCGACCUUUGAACCAGCCGAUAGGUGGCACUGGCGUCUUCAUGUGGGGCAACGACGAAUUUACGAACGACAGUAUUGUAAAAAACAACUGGGACCGUGAACCCGACAACACAGACGCCGAGGAUUGUGUGAGCGUGACCGUGCAGGCAACUCUCUCUGUGGAGGCGUGUUCCAACCGCCACCCGUACAUCUGCGAGCUCACCCUGGGAAACAAUGAGAACUGUCCAGCGACCUUCACGCCUGGUCCUGCGAGGACUACGUGCUACUUCGUCAGCAACGCCACCGACUGGUCGCAGACGAAGACGUGGGACGACGCCCGCAAGUAUUGCGAAGGUUUAGCACCGAUCCCUGGAGACCCCAACCGCAAAGCCACAUUGGUGACCAUCGCUUCUGCCAACGUUCAGACUUUCUUGGCGGAGUACGUGUCAAGCAUGCAGAACGUGAGGCAAGUCUUCUGGACGGCCCUCAAUGACAAAGACCAGGAGGGGACGUUCAAGUGGGCCGGAAAUGGAGGCACACCAUUCGACACGCAAUACGUGAAGUGGCGCACUGAGCCCAACAACCUGGGUGGACAGGAGCACUGCGGCUCACUGCUGCCGGGGGCGAAAUGGAAUGACGCCAGCUGCACUGACUCCCUGAACUACAUCUGUCGUCUGGCACUGCCAGAAACGGUCUCGUUGUGGAACAUGGGCUGCGGUUCCUGGACGAGAGCGGGAAGGAAGUGCGUUUAUGCCUACACCAAGAUCAAGAAAAGCUGGAGUGACGCACGUACAUUCUGCCAGAGCAUGCAGGGCGACCUCCUGAAGUUCGACGAUCAAGAUGACGUGAACUGGAUGGCCAUACAGUCCAAAUCAAACCUGAUGCCCUUAGCUGGCUACUGGAUCGGGCUCAACGACCAGGGUCAGGAGGGCAACUUUGUGUGGGCUGAUGGGAGCCAGGCGCCUGGCAAUUUGCUGAACUGGGAUCGCGAGCCGAACAACAGGGCGGAGAACAACCUGGCCCAGAACUGUGCCGCCAUGGGCAUCGACGGCAUGUUCACGGACCGCACGUGCAACACGGAGAAGGCUGGCACCGCCUGUGUUGAUAAUACGAAUCCCAACUGUGCACUCAACUGGAAGUCUUUCAACCAACAGUGCUACCUGUUCGAUACCAACUACAAGUCCCGCAGUGAGGGUUCUCGUCUAUGCCAGAGCAGCUCCAUGUCCGGAAAGGGCCGACUUCUGUCGCUGACUAGUCAAGCGGAGAAGGACUGGGUGGUGCAGCAGAUCAACGCCCUACAGCCCAGUGGUCCCUACUACUACUGGACCUCUCUGACCGACACGCAAAUGGAGGGCGACUGGCACUGGGGCUACCCGGACGUGGAUGACCCUAACACUGUCAGGAACCUCGUUACAUGGAACUCCGAGCCUAAUGACUGGAACAAGAACGAAGACUGCGUGCGCAUCGAAAGCGGCUUCCUGAAUGAUGUCAACUGUGCUUCGGUGUCAGGUUUUGUGUGUCAACGAAAGCUCAAUGGGGGCUCCACGAUCAAAGCUCCGGCGGCUUACCUGCUCAUCCUCCUUGCCGCAUCCCUCCUGUACUUCAGACACUGACAACUUUCUCCCAUCUCGCCCCAACACUGCUGCCGCAGCGCUUUACAUGUUUCAGUAAAAUAAAGCAAAAAACAACUAAACAAACAAAAACAAAGAAAAGAGUUAUAAAAAGAUUUUUUUUAGAAUGUAUUUUCAUGAAUGUGCAAUAUUUUCUUCUCAUCAGUCCUUGUAACGCUGACACGUGCACACAUUUACAGUGUUCUAACCUACAGUACUAUUUAUUUGGCGUGACUUGAUGGGUAUAGUUGGCGCUGUGCAGUCGGUGAAUUUUAUUGUAUGUAUGGAAAUUAUUCUCCUCCCCACAGCUAUUAUUUCACUCAUCACAGUAAGUGGCUGAUCGAGCCAGACUGGUGCUAGCAUUGUAUUUUAGACACAGUAAACCGCAGCACGAUAAAUAAAGAGAUUUCAUGCAGUGCAACACGUGCAUAGGAGGAUAAGUAAAGAUUGUGCUGAUGUUAAAGCUAAAAGAGAGAAACAAGGGAAGACAAAACGGAAUGAAAAAAUAAAUAAAAAAGCUAAUAAAAAAAAGCAAUAUUGGUAAGUGCACCUUGUUUGAUGGAAUGCACCGAAACUGUGAUAUAAGAUGAAGUCGGAUGACGACGGAACUAUCUGACCAGUGAGAUUGCGGUGAUACAGCUGGGGACCAUUAUUGUUCUAGAGACCAAUCUAUUACCAUUUUUGUUUCCUUUCUUCCGUAGACAAUUUGUUUUAUUUGUUGGUUCUUGUCCAGAUAGUCGUCGGUUACAAUGCUACUGGUAUGUGGUAGUUAUAUGGUAUUUUGUACUGGCAGACGUUACAUGGAUGCUCCGUGUUCUGUUCGCUGCACGGGUUGGUAUGAACAAAGAGUAAAUGCAUUAAUUCUAUUAUAGAAGUCACUUAUGCACGACAAUAGGUACUGUAUCUUCAGGAAUGUGCAAUCACGUUUUUUGUUGUGUGGAAAUAAAGUUUCGUGUUGGAAAAAAUAAAA